AUGAGUAAUAUUAAUAAAAGAGAUAGAGAAAAUAAAGAAGAACAAGAAAUUAAUGAUAAUAAUGAUAAAAAAUUGAAAUUGGAAGACGAUGAUAAACAAAGAAUAGAUAAUCUACCUUCUGUUUUAAAAAAAGAUGAUGAUAUUCAAAUAAUAAAUAAUAACAAUAACAACAACAAUAAUAAUAAUAAAAGUUUUAAUGUAUCAACUGUUACUAAUAAUAAUGCCAGCAGCAGUAAUAAUAAGUCAUUUGGAUUAAAAUUUAAUAUAACUACUAAGGUUUUACCAACAAAGAGUGAAGAUCCACCACAACUACCAGCAUCUCCACCAACUAGCGAAGAAAUCAUUGAUGAAAAUAUAGAACAAGAACAACAUGUAAAAGAACAACAGCCAAUAGCCACAACUAAACAGGUUGGACCACCCAAACCAUCAGUUCAGUCAACAAAACAAGUUGGACCACCAAGACCUCCACCAAAGAAAUCAACAAAAGAUAGUGAUGAUAGUGACAGUGACAGUGACAGUGAAGACGAUGAUAAAACAUCAACAACAACAAAAACAACAAAAGCAGCAAAUACUAAUAAUACCAAACCAACUGUUGCAGUUGGUCCAAUGAUUGGUCCACCUAGACCAAAUGUAAAUAAGAAUAACAAAAAAGAUAAUGAUGAUGAUGACGACAGUAGCAGUAGUAGUAGUGAUAGUGAUAGUGACAGUGAUAGUGAUAGUGAUAGUGAUGACAGUGAAGACGAUGAAAAAGAACAAAUGGAGAAUUGGUUAAAGUUGGCAAGAUCGAUUCCUAUUACUCAUGUCGAAGAGAUGAAGUGUCACGAUCGUGCGGUAUCUUCUAUUACAAUCGAACCAUCUGGUUCGAGAAUGUUGACGGCUUCAUUCGAUUGCAAAGUAAAGUUUUGGGAUUUCAAUGGAAUGGAUCAAUCGUUGCGAUCGUUCCGUGAAGUCGAACCGGUGGAAGGUGCUCAGAUCCGACAGAUCGCCUUCAACACCAAUGCAGACCGUUUCAUCGUUCUGCCAUAUACCACACAGAUGAAGUUGUAUGAUCGCGAUGGAUUCUCAUUAUCAGAGUUUGUUUCGGGUGACCGUUACAUUCAGGACUUGAAUCACACCAAGGGUCAUGUGUCGAUCCUUACCGGUUGCAGCUGGUCGCCAGUCGCCAAAGACGAGAUUAUCACCUCGUCGAUUGACUCUACAAUUAGAGUGUGGGAUAUCAAUAAUACAAAGAAGAACUUGACUGUGAUAAAGUCGCGUGGAACCAAGGGUCAGGGUGCAGCGGCGAGAGUUGGAUUCACCUGUUGUACUCACGAUGUUCGUGGCGAUAUCAUUAGCGGUGGAUGUCAAGACGGUUCCAUUUCAUCGUGGGACAAAAGAGCGGGAAUGUCACGACCAAAGACAACGAUCGAGCCGGCACACGAGCCUGGAACAGACGUGUCAUCGAUCCAGUAUGCAAAAGAUGGAAUCUCGAUGGUGUCGCGUGGUCUCGAUCACAGUCUUCGUUUCUGGGAUCUGCGUAAACUGGAUCGUCCACUGAUGGUAUUUGGCGACUUGCAAUGUGAUUUCCUCGAGCAGAAUGUCGUGUUUGGAUCGCACGACCGUUUGGUUCUGACCGGUACAUCGUCGGUCGAUAAGAAUGGCGACGGCUCCCUGGUGAUCUACGACAUGGCGACACUCACAAAGAUGCGACAGAUUCAGAUUCGCGGUGCCAGCGCCAUCAAUAUCAAUUGGAACGCUCGUAUCAAUCAGAUCUUCGUUGGUUGCUCCGAUGGUAAGACCCGUGUGUUUUACGAUCCCACCCUCAGCGAGAAAGGUAUCCGACUCUGUGUAUCAAAGGCACCGCGCAAGAAGGAUCCAGCCGACUUUACACCGGAUGCACCCAUUAUCACUCCGUUCUCACUUCCACUAUUCAAGGAGACCAAUACUUUUUCAAAGAAAUCGAAAUUCAAAAAAGAUCAUAUCAAACCAGAGACUGCAUCGCCAGCUCCAGUUUCCUCAAAAGGUCCGAAUCUUACUCAGCAUUUGGUUAAGAAUAUGGGAUUGGUCAACAAUACCUCAUGGCAAGAAGAUGCAAGAGAAUCAUUCCUUAGAAAAGCUAAAGAAAUGGAAGAACAAAAAAAAGAUUAA